CAACGUAGCGCGGAUCAGCACUCCUCCGACUCGCCCCGCACGCACGCACGGACGCACGCACGCUUUCGAAGAUGGGCGUAGACAUCGAGACCCUCAAGCCGGGCGACGGCGUGACAUUCCCCAAGCCCGGUCAGGUCGUCACCGCCCACUACACCGGUACCCUCACGAACGGCUCCAAGUUCGACAGCUCCAAGGACCGCGGCCAACCCUUCCAGUUCACCAUCGGCGUCGGCCAGGUCAUCAAGGGAUGGGACGAGGGGAUGGCGAGAAUGUCCGUCGGGCAGGUUGCCAAGCUGACGUGCACCCCUGACUACGCGUACGGCGAGCGCGGUUUCCCGCCGGUCAUUCCCCCGGCGUCCACCCUCAUCUUCGAGGUCGAGCUGCUCGGCGUCAAGUAAGCCCGCCCCCGCGACAGCUGCGCGCGGUGGAGCAGGAUCCCCUUUUUCGCCCAGCGCGGCACCACUCCUCGGCAACCGGGACCCCCCGACACGAAACACGUGAAACAAAUGUGGCGACUCGCCGACUGACGACUCCACGGCGGGGGUUCGCGCGUCGUCGACGCGAGAGAUGUUAACGCGGCUUUAAUCUGAACAUUACACCAC